AUGGCCAACUCCUUUGCAUCAAAGACCUUCACGGCACUUGCAGAUCUGUAUCCAAAUAUGGCUAACCUGAAAAUAAUUGGUAUAGUUAUUGGGAAAACAGAUGUCAAAGGCUUUCCAGACAGAAAAAAUGUUGGAUCCGAGAGGUACACUUUCAGUUUUACCAUUCGGGACUCACCAGCCCAUUUUGUAAAUGCAGCGUCCUGGGGCAGCGAAGGCUACAUCAGAUCUCUUUCUGACAGCUUCAGGAUUGGAGAGUGUGUGAUCAUUGAAAAUCCUCUCAUCCAACGAAAGGAAUUAGAAAGAGAAGAAAAAUUCAGCCCGGCAACUCCUGGCAACUGUAAACUAUUGCUCAGUGAGAAUCACUCCACCGUAAAAGUUUGUUCCAGUUAUGAAGUGGACACCAAGCUCCUUGCUCUGAUAUACUUACCUAUUAAAGAGUCUCGUGAUUACUAUUCACUGGGUGAUAUUGUUGCAAAUGGACACAGUCUGGAUGGAAAGAUUAUUAACGUGCUUGCAGCUGUGAGGUCGGUUGGAGAACCAAAAUACUUUACAACUUCAGACCGAAGAAAAGGCCAGAGGUGUGAGGUGAAACUCUAUGAUGAGACGGAGUCUUCUUUUACAAUGACAUGUUGGGAUAAUGAAUCUAUUCUAGUUGCACAGAGCUGGAUGCCACGAGAAACAGUAAUAUUUGCCUCAGAUGUAAGAAUAAGUUUUGACAAAUUUCGGAACUGCAUGACAGCAACAGUAAUCUCAAAAACCAUUAUUACAACUAAUCCAGAUACACCAGAAGCUAACAUCCUGUUGAAUUUUAUAAGAGAGAAUAAAGAAACAAAUCCUCUGGAUGGUGAAAUCGACAGUUAUCUGAAAGAUUCCAUAAAUUUAAACGCAAUAGUUGAUGUCUAUACAGUUGAACAAUUAAAGGUAAAAGCUUUGAAGAAUGAAGGGAAAGCUGACCCUUUCUACGGGAUUCUUUAUGCUCACAUUUCUACACUGAACAUUGAUGGUGCAACCACAACUGUUGUUCGACACCGAUGCUCGGGCUGUGGAUACGUUAUGAAGGAAGCAUCCGGCACCUGCCCUACUUGCCACCGAGAUUCUUUGGAACUUAAAUCUGUUUUUCUCAGCUUCCACUUGCUAAUUGAUGUCACUGACCACACAGGCACCCUCCAUGCCUGCAGCCUCACGGGAGGUGUUGCAGAGGAGACUUUAGGCUGCACGGUGAAUGAGUUUCUUACAAUGACGGAUGAACAGAAAACAGCGCUGAAGUGGCAAUUUCUUCUGGAGAGAAGCAAACUUUACUUAAAAUUCUUUUUAUCACAUAGAGCAAGGGGUGGACUGAGAGUUAGCGUGCUCUCGUGUAAGCUUGCAGACCCUACUGAGGCAAGCAAGAACUUGUCUGGACAAGGAAAUACUUAA